AAAGAAUGGAAUGAAGAAGACGAAGAACGAAUGAUGCGAGUUUAGUUUUAGACAAGAGAGAGAGAGAGAGAUUCAUUGUGUUUCGAAGUAAGAGAGAGAGAUAUAGAUAUUUUUUUGGGUUUGGUUUGGUUUUUCGUAAUUUUAUCAUGACAAGUUUAUUAUAGCCUCACACGCACCUUUCUUCUUCUGUUGUGUGUUUUUUGAAUUUGUGCUUUGUUCAAGAGGUUUCUUCGCUUCUUCUCCACACAAUUUGGAAUCACCGGUUCGCUGUAUGAUCCGAUUGUGAUCUCUCGGUAUCUGGGACCUUCAUCGGUGGUAUUUGGAGGCUGUAAGAUACUUAUUACUACAUGUGGUGUUGAUUUAGAUGAAUGUGGAUGCCUCUUAUGGAAAGAGUUGGUGAAGAAACCGUUGCCAGUAACAACUUACAAUUGAAACCACGAGUCGAUGAUGUUCCUUGUAAGCUUGAUGCUCGUCAUAAUAAUCUGCUGACUGAAUCUGAUACUGGUCAUGAUUCUAUGAGGGGUGAAUGUCCUGGGAGCUCUGCUCACCGCAAUCUUGAUAUGACCACUAUGCCUCCUGAGGAUUCUGCUGCAGCUAAGCUCUCUGUUGAAGAGUUGACGUUGGGCAACUAUAGGUCCGUUCAAGGGAUGGAUAGUUCUAAUUCUAAGGCUGGCAAGUUUGAGCAUCUCUAUCGUCUUGCUAGAGGGUCUGCUUUUAGGGCAGGUGAUGGGGAUCUUGAUUCUCAACCUCGUGACAUGGAUCAGAUGUUGUCCAGAAUCAGACAACAGCUUGCUGGAGCUCCUUCUGAUAGGCAAAACCUUAAACCUUUUAUGACUAGGAGGACCGACCAGAAUCUUGAAGCUUUCUCUGAACGUUUAAGAGCAGCUGGUGAGAACAGCAUUAUGAAUGCUCCUGCAUUGAUCACUGAAGGUGUCCAGCUGAAGUCGCCUGUGACUUCUUCUAACUUUUCUCAGUUGUUACUUAAAAGAGCCAUGAAGGGGAAAGGUCUUGCAGGAAAAAACCAGGAAACUCCUCCUGAAUUUGUCUCUGAUCAAGAUAUACGAAGCAAGGAAAAAAAGUCCCCUACUCCUCACGAUGUGUUAACUCCAAAAUCAAGUCCCAAAAGAGAUGGGAUUGUAUCACAUGGUGCUGGGAAUCAUACUAAAUCUUCCAGUGGAAUCAGUUUGAGGGAGUUUCUUCGAUCCAGUUUUGCUAGACGAGAGAAAAGACAUGGUCUUUGUCUAUUUAGGCAGCUGGUGGAGCUAGUUGACUCAGCCCAUUCACAAGGCUUAUUCUUGCUAGACUUGAGACCAUCCCUUUUUAUGUUAGUCCCAUCAAAGAAACUUAGAUAUAUUGGUACUUUUGGAAAGAAUGAUCUAGACUCAGAUGUUGACGAAGACUUGAAUAGGAGGAGGCCCGUGGCUCAUGAAUCAUUAUCUAUUGGAGGCAGGGAUUUGAAGAAAAGAAAAAUGGACUUGCAUGUGCAUUCUCCAGGGAAUCAGCUUCAGGCCACUUCAAACGGGAGACCUUUCAAAAGGAAAAGCCCUGUGAUUGAUCUGAAUCUGGUUGAUGCACGUAAUCCAGACAGUUGUGAACUUCAACAGCAAAACUAUAUCAAAAAUUUAAGUGUGUCUUCAAUGACGAGAAAACAGUCUAUGUCUGCAUGGCUUGAAGAGCAAUGGUAUACUUGUCCGGAGGAGAUAAAUGGAGAAGAUAUCGGAGAAAAGUCGAAUAUAUAUGCUCUUGGUGUUCUUCUGUUUGAGUUGCUAUGCCAUUGUGAGUCGGGUGAAAUGCAUGCUGCAAUGAUGGCAGAUUUACGUCAUCGGAUUCUCCCACCAACAUUUCUCUCAAAAUACCCAAAGGAAGCUGGAUUUUGUCUUUGGCUUCUACAUCCUGAACCCGCCUCCCGACCAACAGCUAGAGAAAUACUAAAGUCAGAGUUGAUAGGCGAAGAUAAUUCAGUUUCAUCGACUGCUGCUGAUGAGGAGAUAUCAGAGCUGUUACUUCAUUUUUUGUCCUCACUAGAAGAGCAAAAGCAGAAAAAAGCAUCUAAGCUUUUGCAAGAUAUCCAGACCUUGGAGGAUGAUAUUAAGGAGGCCGAACGAAGAUAUUCUUCAAAUGCAUCUGUGGUGCGAUCUCAUGGAGCUAUUGAAAGAAGAGUGCAAUCAUCUUCCCCAGACGAGCUCUGUACAACUUCUGGCACCUUGUUUGUACCAACUGCUAAUACAGAAAGGCUGAUGAGUAAUAUUCGUCAACUUGAAGAUGCAUAUUUCUUCAUGCGAUCACAAAUCAACUUAUCGAGUUCUGUUCCUCGUGCCCGUUCUGAUAAAAUCAUACUCAAGGACAGGGACAGGUGCUCUGAGAACCAGAAUGAGAAUCAGGAUAUGAGAACCAAAGGAAAAUCUUCAGAUCAACUGGAAGUGUUUUUUGAGGGGUUGUGCAAAUAUGCUCGGUAUAGCAAGUUUGAAACUUGUGGGACAAUAAGAAGUGGAGACCUUUUAAACUCUGCAAGCGUAGUCUGCUCAUUGAGUUUUGACCCUGAUGAGGAACACAUAGCAGCAGCUGGGAUAUCAAAGAAGAUCAAGAUUUUUGACUUCAAUGCAUUUAUGAAUGAAUCUGUCGGUGUUCAUUAUCCACUAGUAGAGAUGGUCAACAAAUCUAAAUUAAGCUGUGUUUGCUGGAAUAGUUACAUCAAAAACUACUUGGCCUCGACUGACUACGAUGGUGUAGUUCAGAUAUGGGAUGCUGGGACUGGGCAAGGAUUUUCGCAGUACACAGAACACCAGAAGCGAGCCUGGUCAGUUGAUUUUUCUCCAUCUGACCCAACAAAAUUUGUCAGUGGAAGUGAUGACUGUUCGGUGAAGCUUUGGAGCAUCAAUGACAAACGGUCAUUAGGCACAAUCUGGAGUCCAGCAAAUGUGUGUUGCGUGCAAUUCUCUUCUUAUUCCAAUCACUUAUUGGCAUUUGGGUCAGCUGAUUACAAGGUCUAUUGCUAUGAUCUUCGGUAUGUCAAAACUCCAUGGUGCACAUUGGCUGGCCAUGAGAAGGCUGUUAGCUAUGUCAAAUUUAUGGAUUCAGAAACCAUUGUUUCUGCUUCAACUGAUAACUCUCUCAAGCUUUGGAAUUUAAAUAAGACAAAUGCCUCUGGUUUGUCUUCUGGUGCUUGUUCAUUAACGUAUAAAGGACAUACAAAUCAGAAGAAUUUCGUCGGAUUGUCGGUUUUGGACGGAUACAUAGCCUGUGGUUCAGAGACCAAUGAGGUAUAUAGUUACUAUAGAUCCUUACCGAUGCCAAUGACUUCAUACAAGUUUGGAUCCGUCGAUCCCAUUUCUGGAAACGAAUACUUUGAUGACAAUGGACAGUUUGUGUCGAGUGUCUGUUGGAGGAAAAAAUCAAAUAUGCUUGUAGCUGCAAAUUCUACAGGGAACAUGAAGCUACUGAAACUUGUUUAACAACUUGGCUUUUUCACUCGACAGGCACUGCACUAUUUGAGUAAGUUCUUUGGACAAAUCUCAAAACCUGAUCUCUUGAGUCUGAAUCUAGGACAAAACAGUAUGACUUUAAGGAACGUUUUUGUCCUAGAUAUGAUCCCCAUAUGACCAAAAUCUUGGAGAAGUUGAAGCAAAGCUGUUGUGAUAGUAUUAUUUGAUUCUUCUUCCUGUAGUUUUUUUAUAAAUGAUAUAAUUUGAGAUUAACUUCUCAGAUUCUUCGGAAGGGUCGGCAUCAAUGUGUAAUGAUGAGAGGUAUAUAACUGUACAAGUAUGUUCCCGUAGCUUAAUCAUGUAAUUGUUGUUGGGGAGAUUCACUGUUAAGAGAUAAAUAGAGAGUAAAGAGAUCUCUGAUUAUAAUUUCUCAGUUUGAGUAAAUCAUCCAUAUUUCACAA